UCUGCGGCACCCGCAGAAACGGAGGACGUGCAACAGGGAGAGAAUGGCCUGGUUGAAGAAGAGGGGAAAGAGAGUUUCAGUGUGAAGAAGCUCCCAGAAGACAUGUUCUAUAACUAUGAAGAGCUUUACUCCAGACCAGUCAUCACGGCCGACUCUGAGAUUCCAGAGAACCUGCUUCAUCUGUCACACUCCUUUGGCUAUGACUGUGAGCGCAGGGCCAACCUGCAGCUGCUGGACGAGCGCACGCUGGCCUUCGUGGCGGGAAACCUACUUAUAUUCCUGGACGUGCGCACCAAGGAGCAGCGCUACCUGCGCUCCUGCAGUGGAGGAGGCAUUGGCACUAUUAUGGCCCACCCCAGUAAGAGGUAUCUCACUGUAGCAGAGAAGGGAUACCAGCCCAACAUCAUCAUCUACGAGUAUCCCUCACUACAACCCUACCGCAUACUCAGAGGCGGGACAGGGCAGGCCUACAGCUUUGUGGACUUUAACCGUGACGGGACCCUGCUGGCCAGCGUGGGAAGCGCUCCAGACUACAUGCUGACUCUCUGGGAGUGGAGUGAGGAGCAGGUGAUGCUGCGAUGCAAAGCCUUCUCCCAGGACGUCUACCGGGUCACAUUCUCACCUGACAACCCUGGACAGCUGACCACCUCUGGAUCUGGACACAUUAAGUUCUGGAAAAUGGCCAGUACUUUUACCGGUCUUAAAUUGCAGGGCUUCCUGGGAAGGUUUGGCAAGACUGCGCUGACAGAUAUCGAGGGCUACGUGGAGCUUCCUGAUGGGAAGGUGGUGUCAGGGUCGGCCUGGGGGAACAUGCUGCUGUGGGACGGGGGGCUGAUCAAGGUGGAGAUGUGCCGUAAAGGGGGCAGGACGUGCCAUGCAGGCACCAUCCAGCAGUUCUCUCUGGACGAGGGAGAACUCAUAACCAUCGGCACAGACGGGGCGGUCAGGGGCUGGGACUUUGAGAGCAUUGACACGGCAGACUGCAGUGACGACAGCGGGCUGUUUGAAAUUGAGCCCAUGAAUGAGAUGGUGAUUGGACGCAAUGUCUGCCUGUCCUCCAUGGUCAAGAGCUCCCUGCCGGAUUCUUUCAUCUGGUUCGCACAGGAUUCCAAUGGAGGCAUCUGGAAAUUGGAUCUCUCCUUUUCCAACAUUACCCAGGAGCCCGAGUGCCUGUUCUCCUUCCAUGCAGGAGUGAUCCAGGGCAUGGAUGUGUCCACCACCAGCCAUCUGAUGGCCACGACUACUUUAGAUCGCUCGGUCAGGAUUUUUGACUUCCUGGCAAAGAAAGAGCUGACAACCAGUCGAUACAAGCAGGGAGGAACAACUCUGACCUGGGCUCCAAGACUGGUGAAUCCUAGCGGGGGGUUGGUGGUGGUGGGCUUUGAAGAUGGGGUCGUCCGCCUUCUCGAGCUCUACAACCCUCAGGGACUGCACGUGGUGGCAGGGCGCAGUGACUAUGGCGAUGCAGAGCUCCGCCUCAAACAGGCCUUCAAGCCCCACAAUGCACCUGUGACUGCCAUUGCAUAUGAGCGAAAUGGAGAGAUUCUAGCCACGGGGAGUGUUGACUGCACAGUGUUCUUCUUCAGUGUGGGGGAUAAGUACCACCCUGUUGGCUUUGUCACUGUUCCGGGACCUGUCCAGGGGCUGGAGUGGUCGCCUCAGUCCCACGACGCAAACACACUGCUGAUCCUGUGUGUAAGCGGUCAUGUGGUCGAGGUCCAGGCCCCGGACCUGGAGGCCCAGAAGCCAGGCACCACCUAUCAGAUCUCCGGCCUCCCGACUCGCUGCUUCCACUUCCACAGCAUCAAGUCACGCAUCCAGAGAGAGCAGGAGAUUGCACGCAGGCAGGCUGUGAAGGAGAAGAAGAUGAAGGAGAGAGAGGCGCGUCUGAAGAGAGCGAAGGAGCAGGAACGAGAUCCCACAGAGGAGGAACUGCAGGAGGAAGAGGAGGAGGAGGAAGAGUUACCGCCCAUCUACAUCCCCGACCCUCCCAGCCCUCUUCACUGUGGCUUUUACUCUGAGCCUGGGGCCUUCUGGCUGUCCAUGGGUGGCUAUGACUCAGGGUACCUGUACCACUGCAGGUUCUCUGAACAGCAGGACGAGGAUCCAGCCGAGCGGCAGGAUGCUCCCUCCUCUUUCCUGCCCGUCCACAACACUGACCAAGACCCCAUACGCACCAUCACUCCCAGCUCCAGCAGGCGUCUGAUGCUGUGCGGCAUGCACUCAGGCAGGGUCCGGGCCUACCCUCUCCAGCCCUCCGACGCACACCUGACCUCCAUGCACGCCUUCUGGGCCCUCGGCGUCCACGACAACCAGUACGGACACGUACGCCAGCUGCGCUGUAGCUACGACGACCAGUUUGUGCUGACGACCGGGGAGGACGGCAACAUCUUCUCCUUCAGCCUGCUGCCCCAGGAGGAGCUUCUGACAGCCCUGCAGCGCAGCAGGGCCAGGGUGCCCUCCCCCCGGGUGGGCAUUGAGAUGGAGGGCGUGGCCCAGGACAUAGAGGACCCAGCAGCGUACAGCAUCGAAACGGCCAAGCAGAAGCUGGAGAUGGAGCGCAUGCGGCGGGAGGCGGAGCUUAGGAAGGUGGAGCGUCGUAAGAAGCUGACGGAGCUCCAGAACCAGUUCAGACUUGUGCUGCUGGAGAACCAGACCCUGCCUCCACACGUCCAGCUGCACCGCACGGAGCUGGAGUUGGACCGGCGCUUCAGAGAGGAGACAGAGAGGCUGACGGCUCAGAGGGUGAGGGAGGUGAGGAGGGAGCUGGCCUGGGAGGUGGAGCGGCACCGCCUCGGCCUGAACAAACUGCGGGAGAGGUUCUGGGACUCUCUAGAGUCAGAGACCAUUACCGUGGUAGCGUUCCAGAGUGACCACAGGAUCUCCACCUAUCGCCUGCUGGCGCUGUCGGAGCGCUUCCACCAGGUUAAGGAGCGCAGCCGGGCGGGGGGGGCGGGGGGGGCGGGGGGGGCGGCGGCACAGGAGCGCAAGAGGAAGGCUGAGGUGGGCAAAGACAGCUCCAAAGACACAGGGGAGCAGGAGGCCGGGGAGGCAGGCCUGCCCCCGCGGGGGGUCCACCCAGGGGGCUCCAAGCUGGCGGGGCGCCAGGCGGAGAAGCUGCGCAAGGCUGCGGAGAAGGCUGAGCGCGCCCGCGCCAAGAUCCAGACCAGGAGGAGAGAGUGGGCCCAGCUGUACGACGCCAAACCCAACGAGGACUGCGAGGACCCGGAGGACGUGCGUGCCGUCAGGUGGGCCACAGAGAACAUGGGCGACUUCAAGCUGAAGACGGCCAAAGACUUCACCGUCCCGGAGCACCUGAGGAUGAACGCAGAGAAGAAGAGGGCUCAGCUGGUCAUUCUGGAGGAGGAGAUCCACGAGAAGAAGGCCCAGAUGAACGCUCGCAUCAUGGCCCUGCGGGAUGCCAAGGUGCGGCUGGUAUCCAGGCUGCGCUCCCAGGGCCGGCGGAUCCGAGCCGUCCAGGAGCGCCUGGCGCCCGCUCUUCACCGCCGGCCGGCGCCUCUCCCCUCCCUGCUGCCGGAGGAGACGCCGGAGAGGAAGCUCCGCUACACCAGCAGCACACUGCAGCGCUACGGGGCCCUGCGGGCUCAGAGGGCAGGAGCCAUGGAGCAGCACCCAGAGGAGGGGGCACCCGGUCUGCUGGAACAGCUGGAGGCUGAGAGAGAUGGAGAGGAGGAGGAGGAGGAGGAGGAGGAGGAGGGGGGAGAGAAGGAGGGGACCCUGUGCCUCCCAGCCGGGUUGGGGCAGGGGGCGGGGCGGGGGGCGGGGCUGUCGGUGUUGGAGGAGGAGCGUGUCCAGGUGGAAGGGGUCAGACUGCAGGAUGAGCAGGACUCCCUGCUGGAGCAGAUGGAGGGCAGUGUGUGGCAGUUUGACGCUGAGCUGUGUCUGCUGCGUCAUGAGAAGCUGUGUGUGGACGUGCACAUGAAGCUGGCCGACCUGCGUCACGUCACCCUGUUCCAGGAGCUGCUGCUCCUCAAGGAGUUUGAGAAGAGGGAAAACUCCCUGCAGGAGAGACUGUACGCCCGCGUGGAGGAGGAGAGCGACAUCAGGUCCAAGCUGGAGGAGUGCAGGAAGCAGCUGGAGCAGAAGAGGAGGGACGUCUCCAGGCUGCAGGACAGAGAGAAGGCCGUCUCCACCACCUUCCACGCCUCGCUGGGCGAGAACAACAAGUUUGCCGACUUCCUCACCAAGGUCUUCAAGAAGAAGAUCAAGCGCGUGAAGAAGAAAGAGAAGACCGGAGAUGACGAGGAGGAGGAGGGCAGCGACCAGGAAUCGGAUGAGGAGUCAGACUGGGAUGGAGAGGAGGAUGACAGCGGCUCAGAGGACGGUGACGUCCUGGACGACAGCGUCUGUCCUCCCAACUGCGACCCGGAGCUGUUCCAGAACACGGUGGAUCUGCGUGAGCGCCGUGUGGACGUGGAGGAGCUGCUCCUGGAGGAGAGGAGGAGCGCAGACAGCCUGAGGAAGGAGUGGGACUCCCUGCUGAAGAAGGAGAAAGUGGUGCAGAGCAGCCUCACAGCAGCAGAGGGAGACCUGGAGCUGUUCAACAGGGAGAAACAGCAGAAGCUCAAUGAGCUGGAUGUGGUGGUUCCUUUCAGACUGCACCAGAUAGAGUUUGUGAGUAACGGGAUGCUCCCGGGCAGCCUGGCCCAGGCGCUGGUGCUGAACACGGCUGCUCUGAGGCGUCUGCAGGAGCGCAUCAGGGAGGUGCAGGUGGAGAAGGGAGAGCAGAGGGAGCUGUACAGGCUGGCCCGCCAGCAGCACGUCCAGCUCAUCCACGACCGCAAGGAGAUGGAGGCCCGGAUCAGGGUGCUGGAGGCGCGUUGUGAACAGCUGAUGAUGAUGAAGUUUGGUCAGCUGGUGGAUCUGGAGGCUCUGCAGACUCUGUCUGGCAGCAGGACCCUGGAGGAACUGAGGCAGGACAGCCGAGGCAGAGAGGCAGCCUACGCCCAGGAGCUCAAACUGUGGGAGGUGAAGGUAGCAGAGGCCCACAGGGAGGUGAUGGAGGUGACCAGGAGUCACACAGAGCGUCUGCUCAGCAUGAACAGUCUCCUCAUUCAGAAGAAAGAGCUGGAAGACAAACUCAACAGCAGGCAGAGCAAGAUGGGAGCCCAGUUCCAGCGGCGGGGGCCGGUGGAGGAGGAGGAGAGGCGGAGGCUGCAGCAGCUGCUGGAGAGGCAGGAGGAGGAGGCCAGGGGGCUCCGACAGGAGAUCUGCAUCUUGUCCCGCAAGGGGGGCCAUGUCCUGCCCCCCAACCUGGCCCCGCUGCCCUCCGUGCCCGCCACGGCACGCCUCUCCAGGAUCAACCCCCACCUCCGGCAGGGCGGAGGGCGGCCGUCCUCCAGCGGCCAGGGGGUGGAGUAACCAUGGAGACACAUGGAGACACAGAACACGCUUUUAUCCUCGCACACUUUUCAGUCUA